UGCAAAGCUUAGACGCAAAACUAAGGAAAUAGAAAUGCUUUUCCAGACAGUUAUAGCCUCCUGCAGCAGCAGCAUCACUGUUCACGAGUACCUGCACUUGGCAGCACUUCUCAUCACAUGCCUCGGUUUCAUCGUCACUGUCAACCACCUCACCUCGCUCUUAAUACGCAUCUUCAACGCGUGUUUCAGAUCCCCCAAGGACCUCCGCAGAAGCUACGGUUCAUGGGCCCUCGUCACCGGAUCCACCGACGGAAUUGGUAAAGCCUUCGCCGUCCAGCUGGCACGGCGAGGCCUCAACCUCGUUCUCGUCAGUAGAAGUUCCCAGAAGCUGGAAGAACUUGCUCGUGAAAUCCAAAGAGAACAUCCCGGUAGUCUGGUGAAGAUUAUUGAGAUGGAUUUCACGGGCGAUUUGUCGGAGGGACUCCGGCGAAUAGAAGAGGUGAGUAAGGGUUUGGAUAUGGGGAUUUUGAUAAACAAUGUGGGGAUCACGUACCCGAGAGCCACGUUCUUUGACGAAGUGGAGGAGAAGGUGUGGAUGAACAUUGUGAGAGUCAACAUCGAAGGGACCACCAGAGUAACCAAAGCGGUUUUGCCUGCCAUGUUACGGAGGAAAAAGGGUGCCAUUGUUAAUAUUGGUUCCGGUGCUGCCGUCGUUGUCCCUUCCCAUCCUCUCUUUACUAUCUACGCUGCUACCAAGGCUUACGUGGAUCAGUUAUCAAGAUCUCUGUACGUGGAGUAUAGACAGUAUGGGAUCCACGUGCAGUGUCAGAUACCACUGUACGUUGCAACGAAUAUGGUGUCAAGGGUAGCAUCUAUUGAGACAGAUUCUUUGUUCAUACCAACACCUGAGGCUUAUGCAAGAGCUGCAAUUCGUAAAAUUGGAUACGAACCAAAGUGCACACCUUAUUGGGCUCACUCGGUUCAGUGGUUCUUCGCACGCUUAAUCCCUGACCCACUACUUGAUGCUUGGCGCUUGUCCAUUGGUUUGCAACGGAGAAAGGGAGACAUGGCUUUGCUUAAUUGUCCUCUAUCAUGCACUUAG